AAAUUUAAUAAUGCACAUUAACUUCUUUUUAUUUCUCGUUAAGAAUCGAGGAUAAUUUCGUCAAAGAGAAAUCAUCUUCAUUUGAAUUCAUUAAGAAGGUCAAUCUCCCCGUUGUGAAUUCAGAGAUUGGAGUAAAAAUGGAGAAAGAGGGAAAAAGCGAUGGCGAUAACACAAUUACAGUCAACGUUAAGUUCAGUGGCCGAUCAAUACCAGUAGAAAUCUCCUCAGAAUCGACCGUCAAAGAGCUCAAAUCACUGAUUCAACCACUCACAAAUGUGCUCACUCGUGGCCAAAAACUCAUUUUCAAAGGGAAAGUAUUGGUGGAUGAAAUGACAUUGAAGUCCUUGGAGGUUAAAAAUGGUGCUAAGAUCAUGCUAAUGGCUUCCCAGGGCUUACACCAAGGGGAUGGACCAAUAAGAAAGGAAGCUUCCACAUUGCCCACAGUGAGGAGGAUGCCUGAAGCUAUGAGACCUAAAACGGACGGUCCUCAAAUUCCUGUUCUGAAGAGCCAAGUUGAACGGUGGAAGGUUACUGGGGUCGUCGCAUUAUCAGGAUGCAAUCUGAAGGCCCUACCAGAUGAAGUGUUGACCUGUGGACCUUCUGCUAGAGUCCUUGAUCUCAGCCAAAACUCAAUACAGCAUCUUCCGGCGGCGAUUAAUAGUUUAUGUUCGCUUCAGAAAUUGAUGCUCAAUGGGAAUGAAAUAGUGGAUAAUUCCUUAAGCUGGGAAGAGCUAGCUUUUCUAAAGAGUCUUAUGGUUAUUUCACUGAACCAAAACCAUAUAGCAACACUGCCUCCUGAGGUCGGCGCUUUGACCAGUCUUAGACAACUUCAUAUUUCACAUAACGAGUUAACAGGUCUCCCAUCUGAGAUAGGUCUGCUGACCGGCCUUGAGGUUCUGAAAGUUAACAACAAUAGGAUACACUCUAUUCCGGAAAGUAUAGGGGGUUGUGCUUCUCUUAUUGAGGUUGAUCUUUCAUCUAAUCUUUUGGUAGAGCUGCCAGAAACAAUUAGCAAACUAAAGAACUUAAAGGCACUUUAUCUUAAAAACAACGGGAUCAAAUCCCUUCCUAGCAGCAUCUUUAAGCUGUGCAGCGAACUCUCGAUAUUAGAUCUCCAUGGCACUGAAAUAACUGUGGAUGUUAUCCGCCAGCUUGAAGGAUGGGAGAAUUUCGAUGAGAGAAGACGGUCAAAGCAUCAGAAGCAACUGGACUUCAGAGUGAGUAGCUCUGCCAAAUUUGAUGAAGGAGCUGAUAAAAACUGAUAGGCAAGUGACACAAAUUGCUCGGUUUAUAUAGACCAUGAAUCCAUGACAUAUGCAUUUGCAUAGUGAUUCCUAGCAAUCCUUACAAAAGAAUCCUACAGUACCUGUUAAGAUACUACAAGGAAUUUCAAGGUUCUAUAGAAAUUUAGAUCAAGAAAAUAUAUGUGUACACUCCCUACAGAUUUACCAUUGUUCUGAAAAUCUUUACUCACAUAUAAAAACAUUAGUAGGAGGUCCUGAUGCUUUGUGAUUAAUGAAUCUCGAGAAAGACAUAUAAUCUCAAGCUCUGUUAGUAAAGUUCAAAACGAAGGCCCCGUAGCAUUUUUGUGGCACA